CAACCAUGUCGGCUUCAACUCAGUCACCCACCUACGACCGCAAGAACAUGCAGUUCCGUCGUCUUGGCCCCUCUGGCCUGCGAGUGUCCCUCUUCUCCCUGGGUGGAUGGCUCACAUUGGGAGGCUCCGUCAACCAGGAGCUCACUACCAAGAUGAUCGACGCAGCCUACAAAGCCGGUAUCAACACCUUUGACACCGCCGAGGUCUAUUCAAAGGGCGAGAGCGAAAAGGCGAUGGGCAAGGCCAUCAAGGACCUCAACAUCAAGCGUACCGAGCUCGUUCUCAUCACCAAGAUCUACUUUGGCUGCGGCGGCACUGACCCGAAUGCCACGGGACUCAGCAGGAAGCACGUCAUCGAGGCUGCCGACCAGACGCUCGAGCGAGCAGGCCUCAAAUACUGGGAUGUCAUUCUGGCUCACCAGCCUGACCCUACCGUUCCCAUGGAGGAAGUUGUCCGAGCCUUCAAUCGCCUCAUCGAAUCGGAUCGCUGCUUUUACUGGGGAACCUCGUCCUGGUCAGCAGACCAGAUCAGCGAGGCGACGCAGAUUGCACACCGUCUCGGCUUGAUCGCACCCAUCGCUGACCAGCCGCAGUACAACAUGAUGCAUCGCCACACCCUCGAGAAGGACUUGCUGCCCGUGUUCGAGAAGUACCAGUACGGCACCACGAUUUGGUCUCCACUGCAGUUUGGCAUGCUCACAGGCAAGUACAACUCGGGAAAGGUCCCGCCUGGAUCGCGAUUCGACACCAACUCCGACUUUUUCAAGGGCUUCAUCGCAAAGCUCGAGACCGACGAGGGCAAAGCCACCGUCGCCAAAAUCCGCAAGCUUACCGAGCUCGCUGAAUCGAAGCUCCAAUGCAAGAUGGCCACCUUCGCCAUCGCUUGGACUGCUCUCAACCCCAACGUAUCAACCUGCAUUCUCGGCGCUUCGUCUCUUGAGCAGCUCGAGGAAAACCUCAAGGCGUUGGAGGUGCUGCCUAAGUUGACGCCGGAGAUUGUCAAGGAGAUUGAGGCCAUCUUGGACAACAAGCCCGAGGUUGAGGGCCCCAAGAGGCCUUUGAACUAGGCGUGAGCGCAAUGCAAAAAGAGAUGGAAUCGAGUAGCAAGAAGGAAUGAAUGCAUAGAUGACACGGGUGACUGAUCGGGUAUCAUUACAAGGUCGAGGGGCCGGUAUCGUUGAGCGGUGCUUUACGCCGCUGCCACCCUCCUUACCCUCCCUCCGCCACCAAUAGAAGCAGAGAGAGACUGCCCUGCCCCUCCGCUCGACCCCAGCCCUUUGAGCGCGCUCAAUUCUCCCUCUACACCCUGCCUGCGUCGCUUCUCCUCCUGCACUUCACACUCCAGCUCCCCCACUCUCGCCUUUGCCUCCAAGAGCUCGCGCCUGACGCCGUCCAGAUACAAGAUCUUUUGCGCCGGAUUCUCAUGACUAGCCAGGGCCAGAUUCU